CCUAUAAAUGGUCCCGCACGGCCAUGGCCACGCUGGGGCCACCGCAGGAGCGGAGCUGGCUCGGGGACAGCCAUGAAGGUCACCCUGGUGCUCCUGGCGCUGGCAGCUCUGUGCCUGGCAUUUUCCACUGCAGAUGCUGCCACACAGAAUGAGGUGGACUGCAGUGAGUACAGGAGGAUGGAGAGGGGGAGGCCCAUUUACUGCGAGAGGCUCUACCAACCCUUCUGCGGCUCCGAUGGCAAAACCUACAACAACAAAUGCUCCUUCUGCAAGGCUGUGCUGAGGAGCAGAGGGGCCCUGCACAUGAAGCAGGCAGGAGCGUGCUGAGGGAGCUGUGCUGGGGGCAGCUCCACUCUGCCCGUGCCUGCCUUCCCUCCAGCCUGCCCCGCCAAGCCCAGCCCGAGAGAAGUGCCAGCUCUGCUCUGCUCCUGCUCCUGGGACUGAGCCUCCUGUCCUCGCAGCAGAACUGCUCCUGAGGCUUUACACCAGCCCUUCCUUGAUGGGCUUUGUCUCCAUGGCUGAAGUUCGAAUCCUCUGACAAUGCCCCAAGUCUCUCCCCCUUGUUGAUCUAAUGUUUUCUUUCCUUUACCCAGAAACUUCAGCAGGUAUUUUUUCCCAAAGGUUUUCAGCUUUCCCAGGCACUGCUCUGACUCUCCCAGUUUUGUAGCUGAAUUUUAAGUGCUUAUUUUUCACCCCUCUCUGUACAAUUCUGGUUCCUGUAUGUUGUUCAGCUACUCGGUGUACUUGUUUAUUAAA